GCAGCAGACGACGUCGCGGACGGCUGGCUGCCAUGGCGGUUUAUCCCCUUUAAGGAGGCGGCGGGCGAAGCGGGUGUGUGUUUGCGUGUGGCAAUUGUCUGCUGAUGGAAAUAAUUCCUCAGCUCCCCACACCACACACACAAAAAAACAAAGACCUUCCUCGUCGCCCUUUCACGCAAACGGAUUACCCUGAAUAUUGAAUUAUGAGGUGCUUUUGUUGCAAUCUCCGGCGUUCCUGGUUUGCUGCGCUCUUAUUAGGAUUUUAAACACUCCCUCCCCUCCCCAUCCAGCUGCUCUUGAAACACACAUGGUGCAUUGUUGUCCUUCCCUAUAUCUGUUCACCAGUACUGUUCAGUAACCUUCAGCAAGUGGAUUAACGACCUCUAGGAUAAAUAUAGUUUAUCUAGGCCCACUGUACUGCAACCAUGGAACCCCGCAUGGAGUAUUUCUUGACACAGGUGCUGCAGAAAGACAUGGGGCGUCGCCUGCAAAUUGCUCAAGAGCUCAUAGAAUACAUCACAGAUCGACAGAAGUCCUCUGAUCUUGAACAUGAUCAAUCAGUGCUUGAUCGAAUGAUUGAUGGACUUGGAACUGGUUGGGUAAACUCCAGUAACUUUAAGGUUGCUUUAUUUGGUAUCGAAAUUUUAUCAACCCUCAUUUCACGCCUUCAGGAUCAUUUUAAAACCCAUAUUGGAACAGUGUUACCCAGUUUAAUGGACCGAUUAGGAGAUGCUAAGGAUCAAGUGCGAGAACAAGAUCAGAGCCUUUUAUUGAAGAUCAUGGAGCUGUCUGCUACCCCACAGUAUGUUUGGGAACGAAUGUUGGGAGGAUUUAAACACAAAAAUUUCCGAACCAGAGAAGGAAUUUGCCUUUGCCUUAUUAGUACGUUAAACGCCUAUGGAGCUCACAGUUUAACUCUGAGCAAAAUCGUACCCCAUAUUUGUAAUUUAUUAGGAGAUCCCAACAGUCAGGUCCGUGAUGCAGCAAUAAAUAGUUUAGUAGAAAUUUACAAACAUGUAGGAGAACGGGUCCGAUCAGAUCUUCAUAAAAAGGGGCUACCACAGUCAAGGUUGAAUGUAAUUUUUGCAAAAUUCGAUGAAGUUCAGAAAUCUGGAAAUAUGAUUCUUCCUUCUGCAACUGAUAAAAAUUUUGACGAUGAAGAAUCUGUGGAUGGUAACAGGCCCUCAUCGGCCAGCUCCACUUCUUCAAAAGCCCAUGUUUCACGACGUCCUAUUGUUGCGAGUACAAGUCGUAGACCGGCUUCAUCUGCAGCUAGCUGGAAAAAUACAACAGGCAAGGAGGCGGCGGGUGCUGUCGACGAGGACGAUUUUAUCCGAGCAUUUGAAGAGGUUCCGGUGGUUCAGAUUUUUUCAAACAGAGAUCUUGAAGAAUCCAUCAACAAAAUUAGGGAAGUUUUAUCAGAUGAUAAGCAUGACUGGGAACAGAGAGUAACUGCUCUUAAGAAGGUCAGGUCUCUAAUAUUGGGUGGAGCAGCAGAACAUGAAUCUUUCUUUCAACAUCUGCGGCUUUUAGACGGUGCAUUCAAAUUAUCAGCAAAAGACCUACGAUCUCAAGUUGUGCGUGAAGCCUGUAUAACAUUAGGGUAUCUCUCAUCCGUUCUGGGAAAUCGUUUUGAUCAUGGUGCAGAAGCCAUUUUGCCAACACUUUUCAACCUUAUUCCUAAUAGUGCCAAAAUUAUAGCCACAUCUGGAAUAGCAGCUAUCAAAUUAAUUAUUCAACAUACCCACUUCCAUAGAUUAAUACCAGUUAUCUCAAGCAACUGUGCAUCAAAGUCUGUGGCAGUACGGAGGCGUUCAUUUGCAUUUUUGGAAAAGUUGCUGCUGGAUUGGCAAACACACUCAUUAGAAAAACAUUCAUCACUGGUGGUUGAAACUAUAAAGAAGGGUGUCCAUGAUGCUGAUUCAGAAGUAAGAAUAGCAGCCCGAAAAGUGUAUUGGAAUUUUCACAGCCAUUUCAGUAGAGAAGCUGAAGUCUUGUUCAAUUCAUUGGAACCUUCCUACCAGAAGCCGCUACAGUCCCACUUGAAAAGUUCAGACAGCAUUGUUUCGUUGCCUCAGUCUGAUCGCUCGUCAUCUAGUUCUCAAGAAAGUCUAAAUCGUCCCCUGUCCACAAAGCGAAGUCCAACUGGGAGCACAGUAUCACGAGCUUCUACAGUUAGUGGAAAACCUGUAUCCACCACGGGUGCUCUGCAACGCUCUCGCAGCGACGUUGAUGUGAACGCAGCCGCUAAUGCCAAGUCACGUUUAAUUGCAACUCCAAGCAACACACCUGGACAUUUUAGCGCGGCUGCAGCUUUACCUCCAGGAUCCUAUGCUUCCCUAGGUCGGGUACGCUCUAGACGUCAAAGUUCUGGGAGUGCCACCAGUGUUGCCAGCACACCCGCUGAUACCAGAGGUCGUAGCAGAGCUAAAGUAGUUUCUCAGUCCCAACGAUCCAGAUCAGCUAACCCUGCUGGCGCUGGAAGUAGAUCAAGUUCACCUGGUAAGCUCCUCUGCAGCACUUACUCCGGCAUGAGCGGUGGACCUCCGAGAGUUUCAGUUGCACCACAAGCAUCCGAGAAGCGCAGCAAGAUCCCUCGCAGUCAGGGGUGUAGCAGGGAAGCCAGCCCCAACAGAUUGGGGUUAGCACGGAGCAGCCGUAUCCCUCGACCAAGCAUGAGUCAGGGAUGCAGCCGCGAUACGAGCCGUGACAGCAGUCGAGAUACAAGUCCUGUUAGGGGCUUUGCUCCACUUGCCUCACGUCGACACUCGAGGUCCACCAGCGCACUCUCCACUGCUGAUUCUCUUGGCCACCCAGAUCGAUAUGGGCUUGGACAGGCUGGGCGGUUACCUGCCACUGCAAUGAGAGUACUGAAUACAAGCACAGAAGUGGAAGCUGCAGUUGCAGAUGCCUUGCUGUUAGGAGACACCAGGAAUAAGAAAAAACCUAUCAGGAGGCGAUACGAGCCAUAUGGUAUAUACUCUGAUGAUGAUGCCAACAGCGAUGCUUCUAGCGCUUGUUCAGAACGAUCUUAUGGCUCCAGAAAUGGAGGUAUUCCACACUACAUGCGUCAAACAGAAGAUGUGGCCGAGGUCUUGAAUCACUGUGCCAGCUCAAAUUGGUCUGAAAGGAAAGAAGGACUUGUAGGCCUUCAAAAUCUAUUAAAAAGUCAGAGAACCUUAAGCCGUGUUGAAUUGAAGCGUUUGUGGGAAAUCUUCACUCGUAUGUUUGCAGAUCCUCAUAGCAAGGUAUUCAGCAUGUUUUUGGAGACUCUGGUAGAUUUCAUCAUAAUCCAUAAAGAAGAUCUACAGGACUGGCUGUUUGUGCUCCUGACUCAGCUUUUAAAGAAAAUGGGGGCUGAUUUGUUAGGUUCUGUGCAGGCAAAGGUUCAGAAGGCACUAGAUGUCACAAGAGAGUCUUUCCCAUUUGAUCAACAAUUCAAUAUUCUUAUGCGCUUUAUUGUGGAUCAAACACAAACGCCUAACCUUAAGGUUAAAGUUGCUAUCUUGAAGUAUAUUGAGAAGCUGGCGAGACAGAUGGACCCAGCAGAUUUUGUUAAUUCCAGUGAGACCCGCCUUGCUGUAUCCCGAAUCAUAACCUGGACAACUGAACCAAAGAGCUCUGAUGUGAGAAAGGCUGCGCAGGUCGUGUUGAUUUCUCUGUUUGAGCUGAACACUCCUGAGUUCACUAUGUUACUUGGUGCCUUGCCAAAAACCUUCCAAGAUGGUGCCACCAAGCUCCUACACAAUCAUUUGAAGAACUCCAGCAACACUAGUGUGAGUUCGCCCAGCAACACAAUGGGGCGCACACCUUCACGGCACUCCAGCAGUCGAACAAGUCCUCUUACUUCUCCUACAAAUUGUUCGCAUGGUGGUCUAUCCCCAAGCAUGCUGGACUAUGACACAGAAAACCUUAACUCCGAUGAAAUUUAUAGCUCUCUUCGAGGGGUCACACAAGCCAUCCAGAAUUUUAGUUUCCGCAGUCAAGAGGAUUUGAAUGAACCAAUUAAACGAGAUGGAAAGAAAGACUGUGAUGGUAUAUUGCGAGAUGGAGGAAUUGCGUCUCCAUCGUCUGACAUUCGUGGAGGUGGUGAACCCAUGGAAGGAGGAAGAACAGCUCUUGACAACAAGACAUCUUUGCUCAAUACUCCGCCACCGCGAUCUUUCUCUGGGCCUCGGACUCGAGAAUAUAAUCCCUAUAAUUAUUCUGAUACAAUCAAUGCAUUUGACAAGACGGCACUGAAAGAAGCUAUGUUUGAUGAUGAUAUGGAACAGUUGCGUGAUGUGCCCAUUGACCAUUCAGAUUUAGUUGCUGAUCUACUGAAAGAACUUUCCAAUCAUAAUGAGCGAGUGGAAGAGAGGAAGGCAGCUUUGUUGGAACUCUUAAAGAUAACUAGAGAAGAUUCUCUGGGGGUGUGGGAUGAACACUUCAAGACAAUUCUACUUUUGCUUCUAGAGACUCUGGGAGACAAGGAUCACUCCAUUAGAGCACUAGCCUUAAGAGUUCUACGUGAAAUCCUACGGAACCAGCCAGCAAGAUUUAAAAACUAUGCAGAAUUAACCAUUAUGAAAACAUUGGAAGCUCAUAAAGAUUCCCACAAAGAGGUGGUUAGAGCUGCAGAAGAAGCUGCUUCCACUUUGGCAAGCUCCAUACAUCCUGAGCAAUGCAUCAAAGUACUCUGCCCCAUCAUCCAGACAGCUGACUAUCCCAUCAAUCUAGCUGCUAUUAAGAUGCAAACAAAGGUGAUAGAAAGGAUCACCAAGGAGUCUCUACAUCAACUUCUCCCAGAUAUCAUUCCUGGGUUGCUUCAGGGCUAUGACAACACAGAAAGCAGCGUGCGUAAAGCAAGUGUGUUUUGCUUGGUAGCAAUUUAUUCUGUAAUUGGAGAGGAGCUGAAACCCUACCUUGCACAGCUCACGGGAAGUAAGAUGAAAUUAUUGAAUUUGUAUAUAAAAAGGGCCCAGACGACAAACAGCAACAGUAGUUCAUCGUCAGAUGUAUCAAGUCACAGCUAACGGAUUGCAGCCAUGUUUCUUUGGACAGAUGAAGGCGUGCAUCUUUAGAGACCUUUCUGCUCAAUUUUUGAAAUUCACGGGCCCUUGGAGUGAAAAAUUGCUGCACAUCAGUGUUUGUUCUUAAGUAAUAUAUGCAGUUGCUUAGCUUUAAUCUUACAGCUGUGACUUAAUCAUAACGUGAUGCCUGUUUAACAUGUGACCUAAUGAAUAGAAGAAGGCCUUGUAGUGUCUUCGGACAGUCCAGUGGUGAUGUCAAGUGAUGCAGCACUGAUCCUAGGUUAGAAUUUUGUCAUCUUUAAAUUUAAAGUAUGUAAUGUACAUACUUGUAUGAGUAUUAUUCCACAAGAUAUUCUUUUAAGUAUUAUAUAUUAGCAAAUCACUGUUAUUAAAUUUCAAACGUAAUACCGUUGCUAGUAUAUCCUAGCAGCUACUUGAUUAGACCUGCCAAGUCGGUUGCUAAGGCAAGUGAUCUCUCACUGGACUGGACUUUCACUACUGCAGAGGACUACAGACUUUUUUUGCAAGUUCUGUCAGUAUUCAUUUUUUUAUUUUAUUUUUGCAAUGCAUUGAAGAACAUGUGUUCUCUACCAAGUGGAGGCUUAUUUGCAUGGCAACACAAAAAAAGGCAUGAUUGUGCUUUUUGGGCAUCUGUAAGACUACCAUUUGGUGGAAAGUUCAGAAGCUAUUGUAUUAUACACCUGUUUUUUUUCUUUCUCUCAUACUUUCAAUUAUUUGAUCACUUUCUUUUCCAACACCCUUGACAUUACUUGUCUUCAAGUUGGAAGUACAGGAGAUGGUGUGUUGUAUGUCUUUGCCAGACUUUUGUCAUCCCUGUCAUUGAAAUGAGUGUCCAUGUCCUUCCUUGGCAGGAACUGAGAGAGCUCAUCAAAAUAUUGUAGCCGAGAUGAAAAUCAACUGAGAGUGAUAACUUAGUUUCCUCUACGAAUCUACUGUUUAUGGAUCAUGGAAAAAUCCACUUAUUUCACCUUCAAUAAAAUGUUUUGAUUGGAGUUGCAAA